CUGCCUGUGGAAUGAAGGUUCCCAUGGUCUCAGGGCGUGGUCUGGCUCACACUGGCGGGACACUCGACAAGCUAGAGUCCAUUGAGGGGCUGUCCGUCUCUGCUACUAAGGAUAAAAUGGAGAUUUUGACUAAAGUCGGCUGCUGCAUCGUGGGUCAGACAGACAAUCUUGUUCCCGCCGACAAGGAAAUGUACGCCAUUCGAGACGUCACUGGAACAGUCGACAACACAGGGCUUAUUGCAGGUACAUUGUAUUAUGCUAUUUACUGCAAAGUAAAAAAUCUCCAGCGUCUUGCAAUUUUUUCGAAA